UCUCUCUACACUCUGAAAACAGCGUUUAUCUUUGCUUUUUCCUGCCAAAAAGGCCCAAAAAACAUCACUUUCUCCAGAGAAACCUCUCAGGUUCUACAUGUGAAUGUUUGGUAAAUACAGAAAGAAAGAAAAAAGGAGAGACAUCUGCGACUUCUUUCAUAUACGGUGUCGUUCUCAUUUCUCUAUUUAUUCCCCCACUUGCAAAUCUUUGAAACGGACCCUUCAGUUUUUUUUGUUUGUUUUCUGGUCUCUAGUUUGAAUCUUUUCUAAAAAGAAACAGAGCCUUUUGAGAUUUUAGCACUCUGUGUUUCUUUCAAAUGGUUUCGUGUACUAGAAGAAGCACAUAGCUUACAUUUUUACUUAAAUUUUGGGUUAUUUCGAAGAGUUUUCUGAUUGGCAAGUUCAGUGAAUCUUGGGGGAAAUUAGGGCUAUUACCAAAGUUGGUGAAAUCAGUUUCAAAUUUGGAAACUUCAGAGAUUUCUCAAAGGAAAAUGAGAUACAGCUUGAUUUGGUUCUUCUAUAGAUACUUAGACAAGAGUCUAACGAAGAAAACAGAGCACUUGUGAUCAUAUAUUCAUGAGUAGGGUUGCUUCUUCUCGAGUUCUCAAAGAUUCAAAUGGAGACAUCGGUGAGCAUCUUCGUAACCAUAUUCACUUAACCAACUGUAUUCAUUUGAAGAAUCAUAUGCACAACAACAACAAACAGAGUCCGGUUUUAACUGACCGGUCUCUUCUUAUGAGAGAUCUUGUCGUUCUUCAGAGAUCAAGAUCACUUCGUGACCCAUCAGCGAGCCCGAAUUUGAAAGAAGAUCAUCAGGACUCACGUGAGGGAAGAAGAAGAUCUGGUCUUAGGUUGUCUGGUUCUUCUCCAAUUGUGAGUUUUGGAACAUCUAAAGUUACUCCUUCUGAUGAAAAGUUUGAUAGGUCGAGUAGGAAGAGUUAUAGAGUAGAAGAAGUUAAUGAGGUUUAUAGUGUUCCUUCCGUGAAGUCGGUAUCGAAAGAUAGGAUUAAUAAGAAGGUUAAUGAGGCUAUUGUCAAGACUCUUUCUGAUCAGUUAAAUGAGGUUGGUGGUGAUAGUGAUGAUUUAGUUUCUUGUAAUGUUAGACCGCGCGGUGAUGGGUGUAGAAGACGGAAGUUUAGAGGGACGAGGAGAGCGGGACGGGCCGUUAAUGUUAGAGACAAUGCUGCUGGUAAUGAGAGUGAGAUGUCUAUUGCUUCUAACUCAGUGCCUCGUGGUGAGAAGUAUGAGGGAGAAGAAGGAGGAGGAGGAAGAGAUAGAGAACAGAACAUGAGUUGUGGAAUACCGUUUAAUUGGUCAAGAAUUCAUCAUAGAGGCAAAACUUUUCUUGAUAUAGCUGGUAGGAGUUUAUCUUGUGGAAUAUCUGAUUCAAAGGGAAGGAAAGGCGAAGCUGGUACGCCGAUGUUUUCUGAUUCAAGCUCUUCUGAUCGCGAGGCGUUACCUCUUUUAGUCGAUAGCGCAGACAAUGAAGAAUGGGUGCAUGAUUACUCAGGCGAGUUGGGUAUAUUCGCUGACAAUUUGCUCAAGAAUGGAAAAGAUUCAGUCAUUGGUAAGAAGAGUAGCCGUAAAAAUACUCGGUGGCAUCAAAGUUUUACGCAGAAGUACGCUCCAAGAACAUUCCGGGAUCUUUUGGGACAGAAUCUUGUGGUGCAGGCUCUGUCUAACGCUAUAGCUAAACGAAGAGUUGGACUUCUUUACGUAUUCCACGGUCCAAAUGGAACCGGAAAAACAUCUUGUGCUCGGGUAUUUGCUAGAGCUUUGAACUGCCAUUCUACGGAACAAUCAAAGCCUUGCGGUGUAUGCAGUUCUUGUGUUUCUUAUGAUGAUGGUAAGAACCGGUACAUUCGAGAAAUGGGUCCUGUAAAAAGUUUCGACUUUGAGAAUUUGCUCGAUAAAACGAACAUUCGUCAGCAGCAAAAGCAGCAGCUUGUGUUAAUAUUCGAUGAUUGCGAUACUAUGUCAACAGAUUGUUGGAAUACGCUAUCGAAAAUAGUGGACCGAGCACCUCGUCGUGUGGUUUUCGUUCUUGUAUGUUCGAGUCUUGAUGUUUUGCCUCACAUUAUCGUUUCGAGGUGCCAGAAAUUCUUUUUCCCUAAGCUCAAAGACGUAGAUAUCAUCGAUUCUUUGCAACUUAUUGCAUCAAAAGAAGAGAUUGAUAUCGAUAAAGAUGCGUUGAAGCUUGUUGCUUCGAGAUCAGAUGGUUCCUUGAGAGACGCGGAAAUGACUCUAGAACAGCUGAGUUUGCUUGGAACAAGAAUCUCUGUUCCUUUAGUUCAAGAAAUGGUUGGGUUAAUAUCUGAUGAGAAAUUAGUUGAUCUUCUUGAUCUAGCCUUAUCCGCGGAUACUGUAAACACCGUAAAGAACCUAAGAAUAAUAAUGGAAACCGGCCUAGAACCAUUAGCUUUGAUGUCACAGCUCGCAACCGUCAUAACCGAUAUCCUCGCGGGAAGCUAUGACUUCACUAAAGAUCAAUUGUCUAAAGAAGAUAUGGAGAAGCUGAAACAAGCUUUGAAAACACUAUCUGAAUCAGAAAAACAGUUGAGAGUAUCGAACGAUAAACUAACUUGGCUCACUGCUGCAUUGCUACAGCUAGCUCCUGAUAAACAGUACUUGCUUCCGCAUAGUUCUUCUGCUGAUGCUAGCUUUAACCAUACUCCAUUGACGGAUUCGGAUCCUUCGAACCAUGUUGUAGCCGGAACAAGAAGAGAUGAUAGUAAGCAAGGUUUCAGCUGCAAAAACCGACCUUCCGUUGAAGAUAUUUGGUUAGCGGUUAUCGAGAAUGUUCGAGUUAACGGCUUACGAGAGUUUCUUUAUAAAGAAGGGAAGAUCUUUUCGAUUAGUAUCGGCUCAGCUCCUAUGGUGCAGUUAAUGUUUAAUUCGCCAAUAGCGAAAUCAACGGCUGAGAAUUUCGAAGAACACAUUUUGAAAGCGUUUGAGGCUGUUCUUGGAUCUCCAGUCACGUUAGAGAUGAGAACCGAGUCGAAGAAAGACCUCGGUUUCUCGUCAUUACAAGGUUUAAGCAACGGUGAGAGAUUCCGUGAAAGCGGAAGAAGCGAAAUCGUUGAAGUGGCUGACUCUGAAUCUCCAAUGACUCGAGUUAGAAGGAAACACUUGGAAGCAAGUCAAAACCAAAACCAAAAUCAGAACCAGAGCAUUGUGAGAGGAAAAGUUUCGUUGGCUCAAGUGAUUAAACAAGCUGAAGGAAACAGUUGGUCGAAACACAAAGCUGUGGAGAUUGCAAAUAAGCUUGAACAAGAGAAUUUGAAACUUGAACCAAGAUCAAGAAGCUUGAUAUGUUGGAAAGCAUCAAGAAGCACUCGUCGCAAGCUAUCGAGAUUGAAGGUGAGAACAAGGAAGUUACGAUUACAUUCGUUGUUGAAGCUUGUCUCUUGUGGGAAAUGUCUAUCAACGAGAUCUCCUCCUAGAUAGUUUUGUUUCUUCUUCUUAUUUUGCUUUACUUCUUUUCUUAGAUCAUAAUGUAAUCUUUGUAGCUAUAGAAAUUUUCUUGAAUCUUUGAUCAAGAAAUCUUUAUUUAGCUAAAUAAUUAUGAGUUUUUAUUUUUUAUUAGGGCAUGACAAAAUUUCUUGCAUUUUGUAUUAUUUUUGAUGAAAUAGUUGUCAGAUAACUCAAAACCAAUUGUUUCAUUGAUCUCCUUCGUUGGUUUGUUUGGUCCAUCAUUGAGUAUAUAGUUAAUAAGAGUUCUAUGAACAUCAAAUCCGAUGUCGUCCAGCGGUUAGGAUAUCUGGCUUUCACCCAGGAGACCCGGGUUCGAUUCCCGGCAUCGGAGCUUUUUU